AUGAUUACCAAGAUGAUGUCUAGAAAUCGAGUUCUCUUACUAAUAUCUUGGCUUCUUCUCAGCACAUUAUCCAGCUUCCAUCUCUGCAACGCUGAUACUCCGGUUACAAAUUGUCCGGACAAUACAGUUUACGACAACACCACUACUAAUGGCAGGACUUACAGAAACAACCUUGAUUCCCUCCUCUCUGCUUUGGUUUCAAACGCUUCUCGACCAAGCGGGUUCUUCAAUUACACCGCCGGCAGCGGAGACACGGCCGCCUACGGCCUGUUCCUCUGUCGCGGCGAUGUAUCAAGCAGUGAUUGUCAAGACUGCUUGACGACCGCCUCGACGGAUGCUCUAAGCCGCUGCCCGGACAAAAACCAGGUCACUCUAUGGUACGACAAAUGUAUGAUGCGGUAUUCAAAUCAAUCAAUCUUCUCCAGGUUGGAUGAGAGCAUUGCCUGGUACUUAUGGAACGUGAAUAAUGUGACCAACACGUCCUUGUUGAACCAGGUUUUGGGUGAUGUAUUCGAUCAGAUAGCUACCCGGGCUUCAAGUGGUGACCCGAAUUCCGGCAAGAAGUUCGCGGUUCAAGAUGCUAGAUUCACGUCGUUUCAGAGGAUAUACGCACUGGGGCAGUGCACUCCUGAUCUUUCAAGUCUGGAUUGUGAAACCUGCCUUAGGGAUGCUAUUAAGAAUCUUCCCAGCUGUUGUAAUAGUCGUCAGGGAGGCAGAGUUCUUUAUCCCAGCUGUAAUAUUCGGUACGAGAGCGGUCCGUUUUACCAACUUCCGUCUCCUCCACCACCGGAGCCGCCCACUUCCAGCCCUCCUCCACCUGCUUCCCUGGGUCCUACCAGCUCAAGCACUAAAGAUAAAGGUGGAAUCUCAACGACAACCAUCAUAGCCAUUGUUGUCCCAACUGCUGCCAUAGUUGCGCUUGUGGCGAUCUUCUGCUUAGUUAGGAAGGCAAAAAAGACACCGAUAGUCGUGCAUGAAGCAUCAGGUGUUAGCAGUAUAACAAGUAAUGGAGAAUCCUUGCAGUAUAAUUUUGGUCAAAUUCAAGCUUGCACCAACAACUUUGCAAUUAAGAACAGGAUUGGUGAAGGGGGAUUUGGUCCUGUGUAUAAGGGUACAAUGCCAAAUGGGCAAACAAUAGCAGUGAAGAGAUUAUCUAGAGGCUCAUCACAAGGAACUGAAGAAUUCAUUAAUGAAAUUGCACUUGUUGCAAAACUUCAACACAGAAAUCUUGUUCGAAUGUUGGGUUAUUGCUUGGAAGGAGAAGAAAAACUACUCAUUUAUGAAUAUGUUCCCAACAGAAGCCUUGAUUUCUUCCUUUUUGAUCCAGAGAAACGAUCUUUGUUAAAUUGGUCAACACGUUACAAAAUUAUAGGAGGGACAGCUAGAGGACUUCUCUAUCUUCAUGAAGAUUCUCGCCUUAAGAUCAUACAUCGUGAUCUUAAAGCAAGCAAUGUGUUACUGGACAAAAAUAUGAAUCCAAAGAUUGCAGAUUUCGGCAUGGCAAGACUCUUUGAGUUUGACCAAUCUGAGGCCAACACAAACAGAAUAGCGGGCACAUUUGGUUAUAUGGCUCCUGAAUAUGCAUUACACGGGAUGUUCUCUGUUAAGUCAGACGUAUUCAGCUUUGGUGUUUUGGUCUUGGAGAUCAUAAGUGGAAAGAAGAACAGUAGCUUCUUACAAUCAAAUGCCGGUGAUGAUCUCUUAAGUUAUUGCUGGAGACUUUGGAGAGAUGGAACUCCAUUAGCAUUGCUUGAUCCGACCAUAAGUGAAUCCUGCGACAAAAGGGAAGUGAUUCAAUGUAUUCACAUUGGUUUGCUAUGCGUUCAAGAAGAUGUUGAAUUAAGACCUACCAUGGCCUCAGUGGUUCUGAUGUUGAAUAGUUAUUCAGUUACGAUUCCAGCUCCAAAUCCUCCGGCAUUAUUUGGCCCCAGUAGACGAACGGAGCGACAAUUCGCACAGUCGGAUCAAUCAUCCACUAUGAAAGCAGGGUCUUCAUCCCAAAUUUCUUCCCGCUUCCAUCUCUGCAACGCUGAUACUCGGACCAUAAAUUGUCCCGACAAUACAGUCUACGACAACAGAACUGCUAUUGGCAGGACUUACAGAAACAACCUUGAUUCCCUCCUCUCUGUUUUAGUCUCAAACGCUUCAAAACCAAGCGGCUUCUUCAAUUACACCGCCGGCAGCGGCGACACGGCCGCUUACGGCCUUUUCCUCUGUCGGGGAGAUGUAUCAACCGGUGAUUGUCAAGACUGCUUGACGACUGCCGCGACAGAUGUUUUAAACCUCUGUCCGAACAAAAACCAGGUCACAAUUUGGUACGACAAAUGUAUGCUGCGGUAUUCGAAUCAAUCAAUCUUCUCCAGGCUGGAUUCCGGAGUUGCCUGGUUAUCGUGGAACGUGAAUAAUGUGACCAACACGUCCUUGUUGAACCAGGUGUUGGGUGACGUAUUCGAUCAGAUUGCUUCCCGGGCCUCAAGUGGUGACCCGAACUCCGGAAAGAAGUUUGCGGUUCAAGACGCUAGAUUCACGUCGUUUCAGAGGAUUUACGCGCUGGGGCAGUGCACUCCUGAUCUUUCGAGUUUGGAGUGUGAUACUUGCCUUAGAAAUGCUAUUCAGAAUCUUCCCAACUGCUGUAAUAGUCGUAAGGGAGGCAGAGUUCUUUAUCCCAGCUGUAAUAUCCGGUACGAGAGCGGUCCCUUUUAUCAACUUCCGUCGCCUCCGCCACCGGAGCCGCCUACUUCCACCCCUCCUCCACCUCCUUCUCUGAGUCCUACUACCUCGAGCACUAAAGGUAAAGAUGGAAUCUCAACGACAACCAUCAUAGCCAUUGUCGUCCCAAUUGCUGCCAUAGUUGCGGUUUUGGCCAUCUUCUGCUUUAUAAGGAAGGCAAAAAAGAGACAGAGAGUCGUGCAUGAAACAUCAGGUGUUAGCAGUAUAACCAGUAAUGGAGAAUCCUUGCAGUAUAAUUUUGGACAAAUUCAAGCUUGUACCAACAACUUUGCGAUUCAGAAUAGGAUUGGUGAAGGUGGAUUUGGUCCCGUCUACAAGGGUACAAUGCCAAAUGGACAAACAAUAGCAGUGAAGAGAUUGUCCAGAGGCUCAUCCCAAGGUACUGAAGAAUUUAUCAAUGAAAUUGCACUAGUUGCCAAGCUUCAGCACAGAAAUCUUGUUCGACUAUUGGGUUUUUGCUUGGAAGGAGAAGAAAAACUGCUCAUUUAUGAAUACGUUCCUAACAGAAGCCUUGAUUUCUUCCUUUUUGAUAAAGAGAAACGAUCUUUGUUAAAUUGGUUAACACGGUACAAAAUCAUAGGAGGGACAGCUAGAGGACUUCUCUACCUUCACGAAGAUUCUCGCCUUAAGAUUAUACAUCGUGAUCUUAAAGCUAGCAAUGUGUUACUAGACCAAAAUAUGAAUCCAAAGAUUGCAGAUUUCGGCAUGGCGAGACUCUUUGAGUUUGACCAAUCUGAGGCCAACACAAACAGAAUAGCUGGCACAUUUGGUUAUAUGGCUCCUGAAUACGCAUUACAUGGGAUGUUCUCUGUCAAGUCAGACGUAUUCAGCUUUGGUGUUUUGGUCUUGGAGAUUGUUAGUGGAAAGAAGAACAGUAGCUUCUUACAAUCAAAUGCUGGUGAUGAUCUUUUAAGUUAUUGUUGGAGACUUUGGAGAGAUGGAACCCCGUUAGCAUUGCUUGAUCCGACUAUAAGUGAAUCAUGCGACAAAAGGGAAGUGAUUCAAUGCAUUCACAUUGGUUUACUAUGCGUUCAAGAAGAUGUUGAAUUAAGACCUACCAUGGCUUCAGUAGUACUGAUGUUGAAUAGUUAUUCGGUCACACUUCCAACCCCAAACUCACCUGCAUUAUUCGGCCCUAGUCGACGAACUGAGAGAUUACCAACGGGGCAACCAUUUGGACAGCCGGUUCAAUCAUCAACCGAUGAAUCAUCACUGUUGAAAUCCUCAAGAAAUGAAGACUCUAUCACUGAACUUUAUCCUAGGUGA